AACGCCUGAAACGCGCGUCAGUGUAGCGCGUCUGGCGCGUUUGACUCAUGGAAAAACCCGCGCGCGUGAGUUUUUGUGUUGCAUUUUGUGCAUACGCGUCUUUCGCCUCUACCGCCGAGUUGGAAAAAUUUGAACUCCAGCGUCCAAAUCGCGCCCGCGUCAACCAAUCAGGAGCCUGGUGACGUCGCUGUAACCAGGUCAAAGGGGCAGAUCAAACCAAAGCCCUUCAUUCUUCGUUCACUAUGGAGGAAAAACUAAUCAGCGCAGUGGCUAAUCACCCAGAAUUGUACGAUGCUAGCUGCUACUUCUACCGGGACAGGAACAAAAAGGAACUAGCUUGGAGGCACAUAAGUGAGGAGAUCGGGCAACCUGAGGACAUCUGCAGGAAAAAGUGGAAGAGCCUCAGGGACACCUAUAAUAAGGAGAAGAGGACGGAGAAGGAGAAGAGGAGUGGGUCUGCAGCAGGAUCGGGGAGGAGAUGGAAGUUCUUCGCGGUCAUGGGGUUUCUGGACCCCUUCCUCACCCCGCGGGAGACAAGCGGCAAUAUGGUCCAGGCCGUGGAGAACUUCGCCCCCGAGGACCAGGGACAGCCCGGAGAGGCAGCAGGGGAGUUUCAGUCUGAAGAGUCAUCUGAUUAUGCAGCAGAGCCAUCCCCUGCUGCUUCUUCUGGCUCCCCAGUCCCUGGUCCCUCCACUCCUGCUGCUGCACCCACAGGCCCACAGAGGAGGAAAGCUCAAAAGCGGCAGAGGGACGGGUCACAGGAUGGUCCAUCGGCGGUGGAGCUGGCCAUCCUGGAGUCGCUGAAGAGGCCACGCCCGUCUCCAACGGAGUAUUUCCUCCUCAGCCUUGCUCCUGCUCUGGAGAGCCUGCCGCCUCAGACACGAGAAUUCGUGAAAUUUCAAAUGCAUAAAUUAGUUUUUGAAAGCAGCACAGCUGUGUUAAAUUUGGAAACAUUGGACCCUAGCGAUCAGUAGUUUACUGAUGAGGCAGCAGGCUCUCCAGGGCAGAAACAAUGUUCUUAUUUUUCUCCUCAUUCUCCCUGAGGCUCUUCCACUCCAAGCUGGGUCCUUUUUGUU